CGCGACGGCGCGAUGACGAUCCCGACGAGCGAGAACAGAGAGCACUCCAUCUCCCCGCAGUCAUCCGCUCUUCGGGGCCGUGACGUUUUCAGCAUGACCCCGAAGAGUGCGAUUGGCGUAGACUCCACGGUUCGCUCGGCAUCGUUGCCGCAACUGACGACGAAGAUAUCACGAUCAAAGGUAUACCGUAAGACAUCCCUUAAGAGCUUGUCUCUCAAAAGCGAGAUCGACGUCGGCGGCGAUGGCACUACUGAGAGGAACGGCGUCGUGCGGUACAUGAGCAUCGCUGCGGAAAAGAAGCAAAAGAGGAAGAGCCUCGCGGACAGAGACGUCGACGUAAGAUGCGAGAACAAGUGGAAUUCCGAGGACAUCCACAUCACAUGCAAUCCCAUGUCGACGCCCUAUCCGUACUCGACGCCGGCGGCGACCACCACGACGACCACCACCACCGUCACCACCACCAGCAAGACGACGGCAACAACGAUGGUAGAGAGCGAUGAAGAGCCGAAGAGCCGCAGCUGCGGCAGCUUCCUACCGAUCCUCGCCUUGAUCCCGCACUCGGUCAUCAGCUUCCAAUAUCUCAGCCCGAAGAUGAAGUUCUCGUGGUGGCGAAACAAGAUCUCGUGAAGGCACGCAUAGACGCCCAUCGUCGUCGCUGUCGACGUUGUGCGUUGCGACGCCACCCCGACCUGUUUUAUGAGGAGACACACCUCUCUUACCUCGUAGCGAGCUCUCUUUCUCUCUUCGCUUAUAUACAUAUGUAUUUCUCUCUCUUUCUCUCUAUUUCUAUGUAUCUUACUUCCGGCCAGUCUUCAUCAAUUAGAGGAAUCCCAUCGUUAUUUCGCAAAUCCUGUAUUGUCGAAAGGAUGCAUACCUCGUUAAUAUAAACUCAUUACAUGCGUAUUCGCGAUAUAGUCCUCUGAGGAAUUUCCGCGCGUAGUCACGAGGUUUGGUUCUGCAAAAUAUUCUCCAACACACAUUUGCAAAUUUUAACAUAAUGCGAAGAUGUGACUGUUACAAGAUCCAAAGAUCCAGGACUUAACAGUCCGAGAUUACAAUAAGUGAAAUUUAAGAUCGAAGGAACCAAACUGACUUUCUACAGGAAACGUUGUAACUUUUAUAACAACUCUCCUAGUUCUUUCAACUCGUCGAAGAAAAAAAUGUACGGUGUUUAUUACAUGCACACGGCAUUUUUGACGCGUCGUCGGAACCUCUAGUCGAUUAAAGUUCCUUCUCAUACGACGCGCUUUUAACUUUUUUUUCUUUUCUUUUUUUUUUCGAAAAUCCGCUCCGGGAAAAACGUCGUAUUCAGUUCACAUAGUCUUUGCUCUAAGAGAUAUCUAGCACAUAUCCAAACAUUCUGGAAUCCAAAUUCUGUGCCACUUCAGACCAAGCAGUCGUGCUUAAUGAUACAAGUAUUUUGUAUCUACUUGUUCUUUCUUUUUUUUUCUUACUUCUCGUCUCGAAAAUAUAGAAGUAUUCCAAGAUCCUAGAGUACCUAAGUGAGACGCAAAAAUUCUCUGUAAGAAUCUAAUCCAAGAAUCUAAAGACCGUAGAACCUAAGGAUCCACAGUUCCUAGAAUCUAACACCUAAUGAUCCAAAGACCCUAGAAUCUAAGUACGCAAAGAUCCUAGAACGUAAGAAUUCAAAGAUUCUUAAAAUUUAAGGAGACACUUCAACGUUGUUAGAGCAUAAGGAUCCAGGCUAUUUCGUGAGGAUGCGAGAUCUAAGAUAGAAUCGAGCAUUCUCGAAGAUUCUAGAAUGUAAGGAUUCAAAAGAGACAUAAAAUCUAAGUAUUAAAAACUAAUCUACAACGUGCUCUUUGCAUUCUGAUCCGUGCUUUUUAUCUUUUAUCUCCUGUUUCUUCGUUUUUUGUCGUCCGAGAUAAAAAUUGAUUAACUCUGAAAGAGACAAGAAAUUGUUGAUUAAAAAGUCGCGAAGAGAGAAAAAGAUAAGAAAUAAAAACCAAGAGAAACAGAAAACAAGGAGCACAUUAGAUUAGCUUUAACAAUCUGAUAUAAUAUAUCCCCCUGAUUAAAUGGAGUUUUCUUUGGCGAAUUUCAUUAAUCAUAGGCGAGCAUUAUUAUGGGCAAUUAUUAUUGCCGAGAUAUACAGCCGAGAAUAUAUGCAUAAAAAAAGAAGAACGUGUCGAGAAAGCUUUACGUUACAUUACGAUUAAAAUAUAACAGAGAGAAGAAAUAGUUGGAUGUCUCGACGACUGAUUUCCGAAUUCUCCGUUUUGAGAGAAAUCGGGACACGCUGGAAGAUGAAAAAAAGACAUUAGUCUAUUUUGUUACAUUGUAUCAUCAUCAACGUCGCGUGAGAGUCACGCGAGUGAAGGGCGAGGAACGAUCAUCCUCGUGGUCAGGAACGGUACGAGCCGUCUUGUUUAGUCGAGAGACCGUGCAUCGCGAAGCGAGAUCUUGAGUACUUUCCAUUUAAUGACACAGGCAUCAUUUUAUCUUUCUUGGCACAAAGAUGAAACGACCCUCGUAUCAACUUGUUGCAUCAAAUGGAAAGCAUUCCUUAGUAAUUGUCAGGCGACGAAUGGUGGAAUGAUAUCAACGCACGACUUUUUUUUUACCUCUUUCUCUUCUUUUCGUUUAACAUUAGUCAGCGUAGCGAACAUCCUCAUUUUUUAAACGAGAAGAGCUGCGCACAGAAAAUUUAUUUUCCUUAUGAGUCGACCCGACUAUUGCAGAUUAGAUUGGCUAUCGAUGGACUCGUUUCUCGCUAUAGUUCUUUUAAUCGACGAUUAUGGUUCCUUAUCUUAUUCUUUCUUUUCCUUUUUUUUUACGGAUUCGUACGACAGAGUGACACGUAACUGUUGCUGCAACGAAGAUUCUUCGUAGAGCAACAAUUUCGUCUCCUGUAUGUUUUCCGAUUUUAAUAAAAUUAUUUUCGUAAACAUGCAUCUUCUGUAUCCUUUAUUUUUAUUGAGUUUCCUUUUUUCCUACUUUCUUGAUUUAUUUAAGAGCUCCUCAUACGCAUGCAGAGUCGUUCGAACAAUCGUGAAAUUCCUUGUUCUAUUUUUCUUACUUCUAUUUUAUUUUAAAGAUCAUGUUGAAAUAAUUAAUCAUUUCUCGAGUUACGUCGCACACUCGC